AUGACAGACAGCCCUUGUCCCGGAAGCCCCAAGGCUGUCCCAUCUGGGUCCACCAUCUCCACAUGCUCCAAGGGUAGCAGCAUUAGAAAUGCUAUCCGUUUGCCCAGUUCCUGCCAGAGUAGGACGUGGCAACUGGUUACACAUCAAGAAAACUGCACACCAUCCAAGAGCACCCCAGUUACCUCUAAACCCGUUUCUUGUCCGUCAACCUGCUUUCCAGAAACUCCCUGUGUGGGUUUUGUUUGCCAACCCAUAGGUUCACAUACAGCCUGCUGUGCACCUGACACUGGUGGUACUCCUCAUCCAUCUGCCUCAUGCCAGCCCUCCAGUUUGGAAUCUACCGGAUGUCACUCGACAUGCUGUGAUAACAGUUCCUGCCAUCAGAGCUCUGGCCAGGUACCUGCCUGUACUUCAGGGUCAUGCCAGGCAGCAUGUGGCCCAUCAGCCUACUGUGAUGGUGAAUCCUGCCAGCCAUCCGGCUCUGAAGCAACUGCCUGUGCUGAGACCCCGUGCUUACCAGCCAGCUGUGAGGCGGGUUCAUGCCAACCAACCUGCUGCCAAGGAGGGUCACAUCAACCCAUCAAAGGUGAAGGUCAGCUCUGCAAGUCAGUUUAUUACCAACCUAUCUGCUAUAUUCUCAAGCCCUGCCAGUCAGCUUCCUGCGUGCCUGUCUCCUGCGAGCCAUUAACUUGCAUGUUCAGUUCUUGCAGUCAAACUUGUUGUGUGCCCUCCUCUUGCCAGUCGCUUCACUGUCAACCAGCGCCUUCAGUCUCCUUCAUCUGCCAGCCCGUGGCUACCUGCCAGUCCCCUUGUGUAAAGAACAGCAGUAAAUCGGCUUCAUGUGUCAUGGUUUCUGGCCGACCAGCUUGUGGUGGACCCACUUCCAAUCAAAGCAGCUGCUCAUCUCCUUCCUGCCCGCCCCCUUGCUGUGUGACUGGUUUUGGCAAACCUUCCAGCAGCGGCCCUGGUUGCUGUCCACCAAGUUCUCCACAUGCAUGUCAGGCGAGCGCCUGCGCGCCCGCUUGCUAA